CAUAAUGGCAGUCCUCCAGAUGUAUCCAAGCAUAAACUUGUCUCUUUGAAUAAAUGGCACUUAUUGCAUAAAUCGCAUUAAUUAAAGUCUCGACUGAUUUUGACGUAAAGACCUCCAAGAAGUGCCGUAAAAAAGCAAUAGCUCACAGCUUUCCACUGCCAGCACAAAGAAACUAUCUUGGUGACAACUAUAGUGAGAAGCUCUCGAAGGAAGGAAAGGGCCUUCAAGACUUCCCACAGCUCUGCAAGGUAUCUUUUUAAGCAGCGGCUAAUGAUAGCACAUGAGUUAUGGCAGAAUCACAAGAACCGGGCUCGCCGACGACGCUGGAAGCAUACGGCGAGGGGAAUGAAAUGAGUAAUGUAGCUCUUUUGGAGAAAGAAGACAAGAAAAGCGGAAGUGUAAGCAUGUUACCUGCAGUAGCAAUUAAAGGGUCUUCUAAGAAACCAUUCAUCUCCUGUCAAAUGAUCCUCCUGGCUGUCGCAGUUGUGCUUUUCGUGAUUGGCUUUAUCUUGCUGAUUGUUGGCAUUGUGUUUAUCACCAAGACUCCAGAAUGCCAGAAGGCCCAAAAAGAGGACACUUGCGCGCCAUCCGAUGAAGCAAAACGCAGUGGGCUUUACGAUCUCCUGGAAAAACUGCACUCGUCUUAUUAUGAGAUGUACCCAAAUAAAAUAGCAUACAAGAGACCGGUGACAGUGGAAGAGAUCAGACGCAAGUACAGAGCUCAUGACCCAUCGCCUGCGACCAAAAGGCGCACUACAGACCGAAUAAAGGCGCUCCUGAAGGAAGUUGACGAGUUCAAGGUCGACAAUACGAAACUAAAACCGCGCGAGGCCAAAGCUUUGGCGCAAGCUCGAUUUACUGUCAAAUAUAUGUUUGGCAAACCUUAUGAUAUGAAUUACUAUGCAGGCGAUUACAUGCUCGGACCCAACCUCUGGUGCAUGAUGCAGCCUAUUUGCACGGUGGGCGGGGACAUUUCAGCGAAUCUGCGCUAUUUCCGACCAAACUCAACAGCAGACCUUGAAACCUUGCGCAACAAGCUGAUGGAGAUCAAUAGCACAUUCACUCAAUAUAUCACUAACCUGCGCUAUGGCGUAAAUGCCGGAAUGGUGCGCACUGUGGAGCAGUGUAAGCGAGGGAUUAAUGGAUUGACGGAGUCGUACCCAAGCAUCGCAUUCAAGGGCGCACUAGGUGUGUACACUGAGAACUUCAUGGGGGAAUUACUCGACUCCAAAUUCUUAUCAUCAUUGAUGAACAACACAGACGAGGCAAACAAAUGGCGCGCCAAGUACGGGAAGACUGCAAGCGAAUCGCUAAGAGAGUUUGCCUUGGAGUAUGUGGGGGAACCGAUUGACAAUCUUUUCAGGUAUCUGAAAGAUGAGCACGCCAAAUACUGCGUCCCUGAUACGGUGUCGAGCGGUCUUGCAUCCCUACCCCUCCCCUACGUGUACGUCAAUGGUACCGCAGACAAAAGCCGCCCGACCACCAAAAAACUCCCGACAGGAGAGGCCUUAGAUGGAAAAAAAGCGUACGAGAUGAGUGUUGGGUACUUUACUACAAAUGACUUCACGCCGGAUCAGAUCUAUGAGCUGGGCUACAAAAUGCUGAACAAGCUCUACCCGCAGGUUCUUGCUAUUGCUCGUGAAGUUUCUGGUAAAACCAAUGACACCGAGGCGAAGAAAUUAUUCCAGGCACGACUGAAAGCUCCUGAUAUGAGCUACAAUCAACAACCAUUCCCAGCCAACGAAUCAGACGAGGACGCGCACAGACUUUGCAGGAGUGAUGGCGCCGCAAUGAUCUUCUGUCCAACUCGAUGGCGUGAGAUCCAAAAGUGGUUUGUCAAAGCUUUAGAGGCUAUCAGCCUGCUCGACCCUCGAACAGUUAACAUGUUUUAUUUCACCGGGCCAAAGAUCACCACACCAAACUGUCCGAUCAAAGUUGGGGCCGACUACAACCCUUCGGCCUCUGCAAACUACGAAUCUUCGGGAGCAAGUUGUUUGCAAAGCUGUCGAUACAACAUACCAUUCUUUAGUGAGAACUACGGACCUGUUUACGAGGAGAUGAGCACUUGCGCACAUGAGGCUAGGCCUGGACACCACACACAGGUUCAGGGAUUGGAGGAGCAUUUCCGUGACAAAUGUGGUGGUGUUAUAAGCUGGGUAGAUAAUAUUAAUUACUAUGUUGCGUUCACUGAGGGCUGGGGACUCUACGCAGAAAACCCUCUGGUAGGAGAAGACACGAACGUCUAUGAUGGAAUACCGCUGGAAAAGUAUGGCAUGCUCAAGUGGCAGAUAUGGCGCGCCCUGCGUCUUAUCGUCGACUCGGGCCUUCAUUACAAAAAUCUGACUCGGGCCGAUGCUCUAAAGCUAUUUGCGGAUUUCGCGUGGGACACCAGUGCCCUUGCUGAACUUGAGGUGACACGCUACCAGUCAGCGUUUGGCCAAGCAACAUCCUACAUGAUUGGCCAACAGCAAAUCGUUCAACUUCGCCAGUAUGCAGAGAAAGAGCUGGGGAAGGACUUCAGCCUCAAGGAAUUUCACUACCAACUUUUGUCGCAGGGUUCCUCACCACUAAGUCACCUCAAGAACAGUAUUGAACGAUAUGUGAGCUGUGCUAAGGACAAGACCAUUAGCGGAUGCAGCGAUGUUUUGGAUCCGCCUAAAAGAAGGACGAGACCAACGGAAGACAAGGGAGUUCUGGGCGAUUAUAUAUACAGGAACAAUCCACUAAGGCUACCCAUGCUUAAACACUACGUAUAAGCAUUAUGUUAGAAGUUAGAGAAAGACUGGAUAGAAGACUAGGCUGUUAGUAACCAAGGAGGCCUGGUUACGUAAGCUCUUUAAUUCAUAAACCAAUUAACGUCCUACAAUCCCCGACAGUAAUGUUGACCCAAUUUUGCAAAACGGUUUUUCGGCGAAUCGGUGCAUACCGGUUAACAUCUUGUCGGCCUCUUAACAUCUUGUCGGCCAUCCUCCCCCCCCCCCCCCCCCCCCUUCGAGUCAAUGCUGCGCUGACUCUGGGCUGGACCUUAGCUAUCGCAUGCUAAUGAUAGGCUCUCAACAUUAAAAAAAGGGGAAGGAGGGGGUGGGAGCAUUUAUUUGUGUGGCACACGUGAUUGCCAGACAUUGCCAGAGUUUUUUGAAGGUGUAGCUUUAUCGGUUGAUGGGUCAACUACUUUUGGCGCGAUUGUAGCUUAUUUUUGUAUCCGCCCCCCCCCCCCUCCCCCAACCGCACACUACCCACAAACCGCCCGUUAAUUAAUUGGUCGAAAAUUCAUGGUUAAGAUGAACUAAAAUUUACUCCUGUGAGUUUGUUGGCGUUGCGCGGAGCAGGAGCUACAUGUAACCCUAAUACCUAACAGAUGGAACCCUAAUAGAUUUUAUUAUUUUGUUAGAUAGUUGACAAACAUAAAUAAAUGCUUUAUAUAUUAA